AUGGCGCCUCCAAUACGCGCGCGCUCGAUCAAAUCAGACGCCUUCCACGAACACUUUAGGAAACUCAAAACAUCAGUGUACCAAGACAGCCCUCGCCCCAACGCCGUAUCAUCCUCGCACUACAUCCGUUCGAUAUCCUGGAAUGCCUCUGGUACUUUCAUCGCGACAGGUGCCGCCGAUAGGACACUGCGCAUUUGGAACCCUGAAAAGACCAAUUCCAAGAACUCGACCGAGCUGCGCACGCCCAGUACAACCGCUUCACUAGAACGCGUUUCCUUCCACCCAAUCAACGAGAAUGAGCUUGCGAGCUCCACGUCAGAUGGCAUGGUCAGGUUCUGGGACAUACGGUCCAAAGCUAGUGUUGGUGAAGUCAAGGUUGGAGAGUGCCCGUUUACCCUGGCAUGGACACCAGAUGGCAAUGAAUUGGUCGCAGGAAGAAAGGAUAACCUCCUCGUCACUAUCGACCGAUCAACCCUCAGCAUUGUCUCCGAACAUCAACAAGUCCUUCAAACAAACCAAUGCGUCUUCGACUGGUCCGGCAACCAUCUCUACUCGACAGCCGGCGACGGCAGCGUCCGAAUGCUCCAAUAUCCGUCCUUUGAGAACGCGCUCACGCUCAACGCCCAUACCUCUGCAUGCUACGCCGUUUCUCUAUCACCUAGCGGCGAAUACCUGGCAGCCGGUGGCGGCGACGCGCUCAUCUCACUCUGGGACACGCAGGAAUGGAUAUGCACACGGACGUUGGAAUUGACGGGUGGUAUCAUCAAGUCUGUUGACUUCUCCUUUGACGGCAGCUACGUUACUGCUGGCUCCGAUGACAAGGAAGAGAAGAAGAUUCGUAUUGCACAUGUCCACACUGGAGAGAUUGUACACACUGUCGAUGUCCCGACACCAGCGUCACAUGUUGCCUGGCAUCCGUGCCGGUAUAUCCUGGCUUACUCCGCGGACAAUCUGGGGUUGAAGAUAAUUGGGGGUAUCAGCUAG